AUGGAGGGGGCCCUGACUGCCAGGGACCGGGUGGGAAUUCAGGACUUUGUGCUCCUGGAUGAAACCACAGAAGUGGCUUUUCUCAGCAACCUAAAGAAACGCUUCAGCAAGGAUCUCAUCUAUGUGAGUCUGGGAGGGACAAUUUAAACCCUGCUGUCAACAAAUGUAAGCACAUUUUUGCAAUAAAUCUAAACUUUUAACUCAUUCUUUUAGACAUAUAUUGGCACNNUUAUGUUUGCUCUGCGUCUCCACAGCUAUGCCUUAGCAGAUAAUGCCUACCAGACUAUGCUGACAGAGUUCAACAAUCACUUCAUCCUCAUUUCUGGUGAGAGUGGAGCAGGGAAAACAGAAGCCUCCAAGAAGAUCCUGCAGUAUUAUGCUGUCAGUUGUCCCAGCACCACUCUACUAAACACUGUCAGAGACAAAAUGCUCAUGUCCAACCCUGUCCUGGAGGCUUUCGGGAAUGCCAAAACACUAAAAAAUGACAACUCAAGUCGGUUCGGGAAGUAUAUGGACAUUCAGUUUAAUAGCGAGGGGGAUGCUGUCGGAGGCCAUAUCCUGAACUACCUGCUGGAGAAGUCAAGGGUUGUGCAUCAGAAUCACGGGGAGAGAAACUUCCACAUCUUCUAUCAGCUGGUGGACGGAGGAGCAGAUGACUUGCUGCACAAGCUGGGCCUGGAGAGAGACGUCCAGCAUUACAACUAUCUAACCCAAGGAGAGUGUGCCAUUGUUCCUUCCAUUAACGACCAUAACGACUGGAAAACAGUCAAAAAUGCACUGCAAGUCAUCAACUUUGAUGAGAUUGACACUAACCACUUGUUAGGAAUCGUUGCAAGUGUUCUUCACUUGGGGAACGUUCAGUUCGAGUCUGACAGUAAAGGCCAUGCCCUCCUGGACAACAAUGGAGAGCUGCACUGGGUCUCAGAUCUGCUAGGCGUGGAUGCCCAGAGUCUCCAAGAGGGACUAACAUUCAGGAAGAUUGAAGCCAAAAAAGAUCAGGUCCUCACACCAUUCACAACUGAUCACGCCAUCUAUGCCAGAGACGCCCUGGCCAAAGCCAUCUAUGGACAGACCUUCACCUGGCUGGUCAACAGGAUCAAUGAGUCAAUGGAGAACAAGGACCCAUCACGGAAGACUGUCAUAGGGCUUUUGGACAUAUAUGGGUUUGAGGUUUUCUAUGCAAACAGUUUUGAGCAGUUCUGUAUAAACUACUGCAAUGAGAAGCUGCAGCAGCUUUUUAUCCAGCUGACACUGAAAGCUGAGCAGGAAGAGUAUGAAGCAGAAGAUAUUGAGUGGGAGCCGGUUCAGUUCUUCAACAACAAGAUCAUCUGUGACCUGGUUGAGGAGAAACACAGAGGAAUCAUAUCAAUACUGGAUGAGGAGUGUCUCAGGCCAGGAGAUGCUACAGACCUCACCUUCCUGGAGAGACUAGAAGAUAAAAUGGGAAACCACCCCCACUUUGUCACGCACAAACUGGCUGACAAAAUGACACGUAAGACUCUGGAGAGGGGAGAUUUCCGUCUCUUGCAUUAUGCUGGGGAGGUCACCUACUGUGUUGUGGGUUUCCUGGACAAAAAUAAUGACCUGCUAUACAGGAAUAUAAAAGAUCUGAUGUGUCAGUCUAAGAAUGCCAUAGUCAAAGAGUGCUUCUCCACCAUGGAUCCAGACAGCAGGAAAAGACCAGAAACAGUGGCGACCCAGUUUAAGAGCAGCCUGCUGAAGCUGACAGAGAUCCUCAUGGCUAAAGAGGCCUGGUACAUACGUUGCCUGAAAUCUAAUGAGUCCAAGCAGCCAGGUCAGUUCGACGAAGCGCUGAUCAGGCACCAGGUGAAGUAUCUGGGCCUGAUGGAGCACCUCAGAGUCAGACGAGCUGGUUUUGCUUACAGACGCAAAUUUGAUGUGUUCUUAAAGAGAUAUAAACCCCUGUGCCCAGCCACCUGGCCACACUGGAGGGGAGAACCUGCUGAUGGAGUGGAAGUGUUGGUUCAACAUCUGGGCUACCUGCCAGAUGAGUACAGAAUGGGAAGAACCAAAAUAUUCAUCCGUCAUCCCAGGACACUUUAUGCCACAGAGGAUGCUUAUGAGAAAUGCAAACAUGAACUGGCAACACGACUCCAGGCCAAAUACAAAGGGUACAGACAAAAGGGAGAAUUCAAAAAACAGAAAGAAGCCGCCACUAAGAUUGAAACUUGCUGGAGAGGCGUGCAGGCGAGGAAGGAGAAGGAGAAGAGAGCCUGGGCCGUGAAAGUCAUCAAGAAAUUUAUCAAAGGUUACAUGACCAGAGGGCAAGCAAAGAACACGGAUAACUCGGAGUACCUGGCCUUUGUGAGACAGAGCUACUUGAGCAGACUUAAAAACAAUCUGCCAAAGACGGUUUUGGAUAAAACCACCUGGCUGACUCCACCAGUUGUGAUGGCAGAGACUUCAGAGAUCCUGCGUACGCUUCACUACCGCCUCAUGGUGCGGAAGUAUGUGAGAGGAAUCACACCCCAGAGGAAAGCACAGCUUCAACUGAAGGCUACCACCAGCUCCAUCUUCAAGGGCAAAAAGGACAGUUAUCCACAGAGUGUCGCUCAGCCUUUUGUGGACACCAGAAUCAGUGAACAAGAAAUAAACACGAGGGUUCUCCAGAUGAUUCGCAACGAGCACAUUAAGUACAGCGUUCCAGUGAUAAAGUAUGACAGGAACGGCUUCAAACCAAGACCCAGACAGCUCAUCCUCACCCAGACAGCUGCCUAUGUAGUAGAAGAAGCCAAGAUCAAACAGAGAGUGCUGUACACCUCGCUCAAAGGGAUUUCAGUCAGUAACUUGACUGACGGUAUCAUUGUGUUCCAUAUAACAUGUGAAGACCCUAAACAAAAGGGGGAUCUAGUUAUGCAGUGCGACCACUUGUUCGAGUUUUUAACCAAACUCACUGUCAUUGCUAAAAAACAAAAUCUGAUCAAAGUGGUUCAGGGAAGUAUCAAGAUUGAAAUCCAGGCAGGGAAAGAGAGCGCAGUGGACUUCGGCACUGGGCAGGAGCCAAUGGUAUACAAGGCCAAGAACGGACACCUCAUGGUGGUUGCCACCCGUGCAAGGACACGGUAA